AUGGCUCCCGGUAUCGCUACACGAUCUGGGAGUGCGUCGAAUGGCAUUUCUAAUGACGGCCUUUCAAGUUCUUACGAGAUUGAUAUGGAUGCAAUAAUAGGAAGUUACCAGCGAAGAGUCAAAGUCAUUACUAUUGGAGCUGGAGUGAGCGGAAUUUUGAUGGCAUACAAAAUUCAGAAGCUGUGUAGCAACGUUGAACACGUCAUCUAUGAAAAGAAUGAAGACAUUGGUGGGACGUGGUUGGAGAAUAGAUACCCAAACUGCGCUUGUGAUGUCCCGAGCCAUGCAUAUAUCUAUGAUUUUGCCCCUAAUCCUGAAUGGCCACAUUUCUAUUCAUACUCUCCAGAUAUCUGGAAGUAUCUUGAUAGAAUCUGCAACACUUUUGACCUACGAAAGUAUAUGACCUUCAAUACGAGGGUAACUGGUGCUUUUUGGGAAGCUGAUAAAGGAGAAUGGAGAGUUACAAUGACACAAACAGCGCCAGAUGGCACCGAGAAAGAAAUUGAAGACAGAUGUCACGUACUUCUAAACGGUAAUGGUCUACUCAAUAGUUAUAAGUGGCCCGAGCUUGAAGGGCGAGAAAAAUUUAAAGGCAAGGUAAUUCAUACUGCUCGGUGGCCCCAAGAUUAUCAGGCAGAGCAAUGGAAGAAUGAGAGAGUUGCUGUCAUUGGGAGUGGGGCCUCAAGUAUUCAAACUGUGCCAGGGAUGCAGCCAUAUGUAAAACAUCUGGAUGUCUUUGUCAGAACAGCAGUGUGGUUUACAAGUAUCGCGGGUAAUGAAGGCCUAAACAAGCCCUACCCAGAUGAGGACAGAGCGAAAUUCAGAAACGAUCCUGUAGCACUGGUGGCGGAAUCAAAGUUCAUUGAGAACCAAGUCAACGGGCUGUGGGGGACGUUCUACAAAGAUAGUGAGGCUCAAUUGAAGAGUCAAGAGUUCCUUCGUAAAAGAAUGGCGGAAUGGAUUAAAGAUGAGCGUCUUUUGAAAGGUGAGCGUUUGACGCACAAAUUCAAAGCUGCUAAAGAACCAGUUUCAUUAACGUCUAAACCAGGCUUCACACCAACAUUUGGAGUUGGUUGUCGGCGAGUAACCCCUGGCGAUCCUUACAUGCAAGCUAUUCAAGAACCAAAUGUGGAUGUUCACUUCACCGCUGUCGCCAAGUUCACUGAGAACGGAGUUUUAGGUGAGGAUGGUAUUGAGAGAGAAGCUGACACCGUGGUCUGUGCCACCGGCUUUGACACGUCCUACAGGCCAAGGUUCCCAAUUAUUGGUGAAGGUGGCGUUGACUUGAGGGAAAAAUGGAAGAUUUGUCCGGAAUCAUACCUUGGGUUGGCAGUGCCAGGCUUUCCCAACUACAUUACCUUCAUUGGCCCAACUUUCCCCGUGGAAAAUGGCUCUGUCAUGGGACCAUUAGUUGAAGUUGCGAACUAUGCAGUCAAGAUGAUCAAAAAGAUCCAAAACGAACAAAUCCACUCACUCGCUCCGCGCCAAGAUGUUACCGACGCAUUCAACGACCAUGUGCAGGAAUGGGUUAAGCACACCGUUUGGGUCGAUGACUGUCGCAGCUGGUAUAAGAAUAAUGAGACGGGUCGUGUUAACGCCAUCUGGCCAGGCAGCUCGCUGCAUUAUAUAGACACUAUCAAAGAGCCGCGAUUUGAAGACUACAUCAUCAGUUACGAAAAUAAGAAAAACAUGUGGAGCUUCCUAGGCAUGGGCAGAGCUCCAGCAAAUGUCAUACCUGGCUCUGACUAUAGUCCCUACCUAUCAGUGGAAGCAAUUGAUCCUUUGUGGCUAGAGGAGAUCCAGGGCAAGCGGGACGGAGAACAGAAGGACGCAGAGGCGAAGCCGGCCAUUGAAACAUGA